CCUGGGAACGGAAGUUAGCCGAGAGCCGUGGUGUCAGCCGGAGCAGAGCAACGCCGGGACGGUGCUGCCACACCUGCUCCGCUCCGCGUUCUCCUCAGGCCCCGCCAUGGAGCGCCACGUCCAGCGGCUUCGCCAGGCGUUCCGGUCCGGCCGAUCGCGACCGCUGCGCUUCCGACUGCAGCAGCUCGAGGCCCUGCGGAGGAUGGUGCAGGAGCGCGAGAAGGACAUCUUGGCAGCCAUCGCGGCGGACCUGAGCAAGAGUGAACUCAAUGCAUUCAGUCAUGAAGUCAUUACCAUCCUUGGGGAACUUGAUUUUAUGCUGGGGAGUCUUCCUGAACUGGCUGCUGCUAGACCAGCUAAGAAGAACCUGCUUACCAUGCUGGAUGAGGCCUAUGUUCAGCCAGAGCCUCUGGGAGUCGUACUGAUUAUCGGAGCUUGGAACUAUCCUUUCGUUCUUACCAUGCAGCCGCUGGUGGGAGCCAUCGCCGCAGGAAAUGCUGCCAUUGUUAAGCCUUCAGAAGUAAGUGAAAACACCGCCAAGCUCUUGGCUCAACUCCUCCCACAGUAUUUAGACCAGGACCUGUAUGCGGUUGUUAAUGGUGGUGUUGCGGAAACCACAGAGCUUCUGAAGCAGCGGUUUGAUCACAUUCUCUACACAGGAAAUACUGCAGUUGGGAAAAUUGUCAUGGAAGCUGCUGCCAAGCACCUGACCCCUGUAACCCUGGAGCUCGGGGGGAAAAGCCCAUGUUACAUCGACAGAGACUGUGACCUGGACAUUGCCUGCAGACGCAUAACCUGGGGAAAGUAUAUGAACUGUGGUCAAACCUGUAUUGCUCCUGACUAUAUUCUGUGUGAAGCCUCCCUCCAGGAUCAAAUCGUACAGAAGGUUAAGGACACGGUGAAGGACUUUUAUGGGGAAAAUGUAAAAGAUUCUCCUGAUUAUGAAAGGAUCAUCAAUCUUCGUCACUUCAAGAGGAUACAAAGUUUGCUUGAAGGACAGAAAAUAGCUUUUGGUGGGGAGACUGAUGAGGCCACAUGCUACAUAGCCCCAACCAUACUUACUGAUGUCGAUCCUAAUUCUAAGGUGAUGCAAGAAGAAAUUUUUGGACCAAUUCUUCCAAUAGUGCCUGUGAAAAAUGUAGAUGAAGCCAUAAAUUUCAUAAAUGAUCGCGAAAAGCCCCUGGCGCUCUACGUGUUUUCUCGCGACAAUAAGCUCAUCAAACGGGUGAUUGAUGAGACAUCCAGCGGCGGAGUCACAGGCAAUGAUGUCAUUAUGCACUUCACUGUCAACUCUUUGCCGUUUGGAGGUGUGGGUGCCAGUGGAAUGGGAGCUUACCAUGGAAAAUACAGCUUCGAUACCUUCUCUCAUCUUCGCCCCUGCUUGUUAAAGGGGCUUAAAGGAGAAAGUGCUAACAAGCUGAGGUACCCUCCCAACAGCGAGUCCAAGGUCAGCUGGGCGAAGUUCCUCCUGCUGAAACAGUUCAACAGAGGAAGGCUGGGGAUGCUGCUGGUCAUGUGCUUGGUUGUAGUUGCAGCUGUGAUGGUCAAGAAAUACCAAGCUCUGUCGAAGGGAAAUGCCCUGUUGACUUCUCUGAUAGCUCUCAGGCUUCGUUGGUCCAGUAAGCACUGAUGAUCAGACCUCAGCUGUCUGUUGAGAGUGAGGAUCGGCUGUACUGACUUCCUUGUAGCCUCUACUGAAUUAUUCCUCUACUAAAUGGUUAACAAACCAAUACUUUUAAAAUCGUACCAAACCAGGAAUUGCACAGAUGUGCUGCAAUCAAGCCUAAGUUGUUGCCACUAGCCACUAAUGAAACUCACUGGCAGCCAGAUUCCGGCAUUUGUCAGCAGUGAAGGUACUGAGAGGACCUAGACCGUGCUCGGGCGAGAACAUGCCAUGCUGGAUCCCAGCUCCGAGGGGAUGUGUCAGGGAGACACAUGUGUUAGCGGCUCUGUCACUUCUUUGCCGCUGUCCGUAGCACUUCCCACUCCUGCGUCUUCUGCUGUCGUGCCUCAAAAGCUCUCCAGUGUCAACACUGCCCGGGCUUUCCAGCUGUCCCUGUUCUCUGGGUGCAGAGGCUGGGUCUUCCCAGCUCCUCUAAGGGAUUGAGGUUCUGGAACUGGGCAGGUAGCUUUGUCCACCCCGCCCACUGUAAGGUGAGACUGACCCUCAGGAGUCGGCUGUCCGCUUAAGCAUUCUUUCUUGUUUGUUGCGCGUCACACGAAGUAUGUGUGUUUGUGACAGUCUGUUGUGACUGUCCGCAGUGCCUUUGUGACGGCUUAAACUAUGCGGAGCCUUUUGCCAAAAAGCAGGGUUUUCUUUAUGAACACUGCUCUGAAAACCUUGUCGGCACAGCUGCUCCAGAGGCUAAGGCCAGGAGCUUCCCGAGCCAAGGAGGCUGAGGUCAGCCUAGGCAACAUGCUGGGGACCCUCCCCGUUCUUCAUAAAAAUUCCCUCAAGGUCCUCAAAUUGAAUGUCACAGAUCAAUCUUUGGCUUCUUUUCAUAGCACAAUGCAAGGAAAUUUUACUUUUUAAAUCUUAAAGAGAUUACUUUCUAAAUAAAUGUAGCCUACAGCUCUUAAAAAGCAUGGACCAGUUCCUGUAGUGAAAGGGGGGACAUUAGGAUCUGAGGUUUCAGAACUCACGGGACAGAGAUUGUUGGAAAAGACUGUGAUACACUGAAGGGCUGGGGUGGCGAGAAGAGCUCCUGAACAAGUGGACGUCAUUCUCGGUCAGAUCCUAAUGUGGCCAAGUGGGAAGCAGUAAGAAGAGAUCUGUGUGGAACCCAGCUGCCUGCGGCCGGGGCCUGGUUGGGCCCGAAGUGCCAUGCUGAGGAGGCCUCGCUGCCUUCCUGGAUCUACGCCGUGAGAAUGUAACUUGCUUUGCUGAAUGUAUAGCUGUCCUUGCUGAAUCGCCUCGUCCACCAUUGGCGACGCCUGAAGUAUACCGUCCUAGAUGCUAAGGUGUGAGGGAGCAAGAACAAAUCACUGUUUAGCAAACACUUGCUUAUUGUCAUAGACUAAUCAAAAUAUGUUGCACAAGAUUUCAAUGUAGAACUUGCACUUUUAGUAUACUAAAUUAUACAGUGUAACUUCUAGUUAGGCCAGAAUACUUACACACUCUACUAAUCUUUAAAAUAAAUAUAUUUCAUAAAUUA